AUGUUUAGAUAUCAAGUUUGUCCACAUAACUAUACCAUAAUAUUAUGCCUGGUCUUUAUUCUGCUCCCACCUCUAGCCUUUGGGAUGUCCACCUGUGACAAUGAAGCUUCGAAAGAGAGUAAAGGAAGUGAGUCCUUGAAGUUUAAACUAGUAGCCAUCGCGUCGAUACUUGUUGCUGGUGGGAUCGGUGUGAGCCUCCCACAGCUAGGGAGGAAAAUAGAAGCACUUAACCCGGAGAAUGACAUAUUCUUCAUGAUCAAAGCCUUUGCAGCUGGUGUGAUUCUUGCAACAGGAUUUGUCCACAUACUACCAGAUGCAUUUGAUACUUUGAGUUCACCGUGCCUUAAGGAGAAUCCAUGGGGGAAAUUUCCUUUUGCAGGAUUUGUGGCAAUGAUGUCUUCUAUUGGAACACUUAUGAUAGAUUCCUUGGCGUCUGGUUUUUACACAAGAUCACACUUUAAGAAGUCGAAGCAGUUGAUUGUGGAUGAAGAGAAGGUUGGUGAUGAUGAACACAGUGGUCAUGUACACAUUCAUACACAUGGAACACACGGCCAUGCUCAUGGCUCUGUCGUCCCUUCUGAAGAGCAAGAAGCUGGUGAUCCAGACCUUUUGAGGCAUCGGAUCAUAUCACAGGUUCUUGAGCUGGGAGUAAUCAUCCAUUCAAUAGUUAUUGGAAUUACCUUAGGAGCUUCGCAAAGUCCAGAAACAAUAAAGACUUUACUUGCAGCCUUGUCCUUCCACCAAUUUUUCGAGGGAUUGGGGCUUGGUGGAUGCAUUUCUCAGGCAAGAUUCAGAUCUCUACAUACAAUACUUAUGGCAGUAUUUUUCUCCCUCACCACCCCAAUUGGGAUUGCUAUUGGCAUUGGAAUUUGUAGCGUUUACAGCGAAAAUACCCCCACUGCUCUGAUUGUUCAGGGGAUAUUCAACUCUGCUUCCGCUGGAAUUCUGAUUUACAUGGCACUUGUGGACCUACUAGCAGCAGAUUUUAUGGACCCAAAAAUGCAAAGCAACAUAAGGCUUCAAGUAGCAGCAAACAUAUCAUUGCUUCUUGGAGCUGGUUGUAUGUCGAUUUUGGCCAAAUGGGCUUGAAUCCACAGGUAGAAGUGCAUUAUUAGUUAAGAAAGGUUUGCAAUGAGGAAACUUAGACAUAAAUCGACUAACAAGUGGUGGUUCUGAUUAUGUACACAACUCCUUUGGAAUGAAAAGGAAACCGGAAUUGUAGUAGCAGCUCAAAUUAAUACAGGAACAAUUGUCAGAGUGUAACUGUAACCAUAUCUAUAGUUGAAAUCCAUUUUUUUUGUGAGAAUCA